AUGACGAUCGAGCAGACAAUAAUGCGUGUCAUAAAAGUCUCAGGUGGGCUGACGACCGGUCGUGGGGUGAACAAAGAAGGCCUAUUAGCACGAUGGAUCCUCGGAAUGCCUAUCGCAUAUGAAGUGAUGGAUGCCUUAGAAAUAUUUUGUGGAGUGAGAGGGGCCACUUCUGAGCAACACACUGAUUGGAGACCAAGCAAUAUAUCACGAGAUAACGCCGAUUACCUGCGAUUCAUCGAAUGGGUCUCUGCCCAUGAUCACUUCACUGCAGCUGAUCCUGCGAAAAUCAUGUCAAUCGCUGAUGGAAUGUGUGGUGGAAAAGAAGUGAACUGUGAUCAAGCUAUCGAAAUAGGACUGAAUGCAAUGAAGACGAUGGUUGGAGUGAAUGCUGCUGAUUUGAAGCUGAAACGAACAAUACGAGUCAAAUCGCUGGCUACUACAAAACGUGGGGUGAUGCUGAAUGAUGAAAUUGUAGCUGUCAAUAUAACUCUGUUAUUCCAACGUAUCACAGCAGAUAUUAAGGGUGACCGGGAGUUAGCUGUUCAGUCGUUACAUCAUGAGCUAGCUCCAUUUCCUCUUGCUCUAUUUGAUGAUAAUGGUAUAAUGAGGAAAUCUAAGAAAUCCGAUCUCUACAAGGAAUUCAAGUCUGUCCCACUGAAUGCUAUUGACCUAACGGCAUGCAGAAUAGUCAUUGACGGUGGCUUCUUACUUCAUAAAGUUGGUUGGCCCCUGGGAACAUCCUAUGAAGGAAUCUUCAAAUUGUACGAGAAUUAUAUUCUAAGACACUACGGUGCUCAUGCUAUAGUCGUAUUCGAUGGCCAUAAAUAA